AAAUAAAAUAAAAUAUAGACACAAAAAUUCGAACCGAAGCUGUCUCUCAUUAAAACCCUAAUACCCUGCUUGCUUCUCUGCCUCUCUCUCAAACACCAUCAGCGAACCAAGAAUGUCGAUUCCUUGUCUAACCGAAGAGACGGCCAAAUCAGUGCUACGCCAGGUGGAGUUCUACUUCAGUGAUAGUAAUCUCCCCAUCGAUGAUUUCCUCAAGAAGACCGUUAGAGAGAGUGAUGAUGGAUUGGUUAGUUUGGGGUUGAUAUGCUCCUUCAGUAAGAUGAGAGCUUAUUUGAAGCUGGGUGAUUCCAAAGGAGAUGAGGUUCCUGAAGAUACCAUCAAAGCUGUUGCUGAUACUCUUCGUACCUCUUCUGCUCUCAAGGUUUCUGAAGAUGGGAAAAAGGUUGGUAGGAGUACAGAGUUGCUGAAGCUUGAAGAUUUGAUUGAGCAGCUUAACGCUAGAACUGUAGCUGCUUCACCGUUCUCGUACGAUGUUAAAAGGGAAGACGUGGAAGCCUUUUUCAGUCAGUACGGAAAGGUUAAUAGUGUGAGGAUGCCUCGUCAUGUAGCAGAGACGAGAGUGUUUUGUGGCGUUGCCUUGGUUGAGUUCCCUACUGAAGAGGAUGCGCAGAAUGUUAUGAAGCAAAGCUUGGUUUUUGCUGGUCUCGAGUUGGAGAUGAAACCAAAGAAAGAGUUUGAUGAUGAAAGGGAGAAAGAUGAAGAGAAGUUUGCUAACUACCGUCCUCAAAAGGCUUCUGCGAAUCAGAAGAACGGUUCUGAUCAUAGGAACGGUUCUGAAUCCGAGGCAAACUAUCCCAAGGGUUUGAUCAUUUCAUUCACUCUAAAGCGCUCAGCCGAAGAAGGUGCUACAGAGAAGAGUUCCGAGGAGCCAGCCGAUAAGAAAAUGGAUGAGAGUGAAUCAAAGACGGAAGAUAAUCCUGCUGAGGAUAAAGAAAACACUGAUCAGGCACAGGGGGAAGACGAUGACGAUGAAUCUUCUGAUUCUCCAGCUAAAAACGGAGAGAAAGAAGAAAAGGGUGGUGCUCUAGCUACUCAUAAAGAUAACAAAGAUGUUGUCUUGCGUGAAGAUCUCAAGGCCGUGUUUGGAAAAUUCGGUGAAGUCAAGUUUGUGGAUUUCAAGAUGGGAUCUGAGACGGGUUACCUUAGGUUUGAUGAACCAGAAGCAUCCCAGAAAGCACGUGCUGCAGCAGUAUUAGCCAAAGAAGGUGGACUAGCCGUGAAGAACUUUAUCGCAGUCCUGGAACCUCUUACUGGUGAAGCUGAGAAGGAGUACUGGGGUCUUCUCCGCAGCAAAGAUCGGUUUGACAAGGGUGGCCGUGGAGGAAGGGGAGGAAAACGAGGAGGAGGGAGGUUCGGGAGAAAGAGGGGAUCUGAUUCCCCGGGUGGUCGCUGGAACAAAUCUCAGAAGGUGGAAGCAUGAUGAUGACCCACUUUCUUCUCUUCUCUCGUUUUCUCUUUUAUAGCUCUUGACUUGUUGCUUCUGCUUUAUUAUCUAUAUGUAACUUCACAGUCGAAACCUUUUAUCAUCUACUGGUGACUUUGUUGUGAUGCUAUCUAAACUAUAAAUCAGCAAUCAAGUUUUGUAUUAA